CCCCCAAUAUCCCUCCAGCCAUCUCGCCCUACUGAUCAGAGCAGGGCCUUGCUAGCAUCCCUAGCACGAAUAACCUCGCCGGAAUCUCAGCGCUCAACCUCCAGCAGCAGCCUCAUUGCAGAAAACCCUACACAGUAAAUGGAGAUUGCUGCAUGACAUGCACAGGACGUACAUCAGCAAAUUUUCUAUUAUUUUUUUCAUUUAUUUUAUAUAUUCUAAUAUGUUCCCAGAAUCCAUGUCACCGCUCCUUAUAUGGCAAUGAUUUUUUCCUCUUUGCGUUUCCAUGACAACAAGAGCACUGCACCAUUCAUUAGCUCAGGACCGAACUGCAUCCCUACGCCGCCUUUUGCAUCUCUCUCCGUGCCGUUCUGCACCAUCCCACUCCCCUCCUGUGUGCUGCCGUUGGAGGAGGGGGGGGAAAUAAAAAAAAAAAACCGAGGACUGGGGACAGAAAUACAAAUUUCAAAGCCCUCUGCAUCCUCACCGGGGGAGAGAAGAGCUAGCUGUGAAGUCACAGGGAAGCAGAGAGAGAGGAGCUAGAGAGGGAGGGACGUGUUUGUAAGCCAAGCAUCACUGUCUGCUCUGAUAAAGCCCACAGUGUUGACUCCUGGGAGGUCGCUAUUGCUAGCCGGACCUGUGAGAGCAGAAAAAAAAGAAGGACUUGCUUAUUGGAGACUGUGAGACUGUGGAAGAAGAGAUUAUCCAUGAGCUUGGAUUGCCAGAGACUUCUACCUUCUACUAAUCCCCACUGAGGAAAGCAAAGUUUGUGGAGAGCCCCAGAAUUCCAGAGUCUGAACUUGGAUCCCCAACCCUGAGCUCAUCUCAGAAACUGGACGCUGAUGCCUACCUGCUGGGUGAAGAGGAGUCUGUAUUGGGCCCUCCUCCAUCUGUUGAUGAGGCUGCCAACACCCUCAUGACCCGACUGGGCUUCCUCCUGGGAGAUAAAGUCUCUGAGGUCCAAGCUGCCAGUGCGCAGUACAGCAUGGAGGGGCAGGAAGAGAAUCAGGGCUCUGCGGCGACUCAGAGGAUCAGCCCCUGUUCCACCUUGACCAGCAGUACCGCUUCUCCUCCUGCCAACAGCCCAUGCUCGACCCUUCCUCCACCCAAUACUACUGGGGCGACCAAGGACUGCAGCCCCACAUCCACCCUGGAGAGUAGGGACAGCGGCAUUAUUGCCACCCUGACCAGCUACUCCGAGAAUGUGGACCGUUCCAAGUAUGGCGCAGACGGCAACAAAGACCUCAGUUCUCGUGGGUGUAUUAAACAGCCUCAGAAGUCCAUGGAUUCCAGUUUGUACCGGGUGGAUGAAAAUCUAAUGGCCUCUACCUUCAGCUUAAACAAGAUCCCCGAGAGGGGACUGGACACGGGGCUCUCCCAGUCUGUGCAGUCCAUCCCGCUCUACCUCAUGCCCCGCCCCAAUUCGGUUGCAGCCACCAGUACCGCACACCUGGAGGACCUUGCCUACUUGGAUGAGCAGAGACACACCCCUCUACGUACCUCUUUGCGAAUGCCACGACAGACCCUUGCUGGACCACGUACUCCACAAGAUCUACGAGGUAUGAUGGUUCGCUUUGCUCCCUACCGGCCUCCUGACAUCUCCUUGAAGCCACUGCUGUUUGAGGUGCCGAGCAUCACCACGGAUACCACGUUUGUGGGCCGGGAUUGGCUCUUCCAUGAGAUUGAUGCACAGCUGCAGAGUGAAGAUGAGAGUGUAAAUCGGGGUGUAGUAAUCUGUGGCAACAUUGGCUUCGGGAAAACAGCCAUUAUUUCUCGACUUGUGUCCCUGAGCUGCCAUGGAACACGCAUGAGGCAAAUCGCAUCCGACAGCCCCCAUGCUUCACCAAAACACUCGGAAGCCAACCGUGAAAUUGCACAGCCAGGGCAGACACAUACUGGCAUUCCUAGUGGUAGCUGUCCGGGAACACCUGAAAUGCGUAGACGGCAAGAGGAAUCAAUGAGAAGGAUAGCCGCACAGGUGGUGGCAUAUCAUUACUGCCAGGCUGAUAAUGCAUAUACCUGUCUAGUGCCUGAGUUUGUUCACAAUGUGGCUGCCCUGCUCUGCCGUGCCCCCCAGCUUGUAGCUUACCGGGAACAGCUCCUGCGAGAACCACACUUACAAAGCCUACUAAGCUUGCGCUCCUGCGUUCAGGAUCCGGCUGCCUCAUUCCGUAGGGGUGUUCUGGAGCCCCUGGAAAACCUGUAUAAAGAGAGAAAGAUCCCUGACGAGGAUUAUAUCAUUCUGAUAGAUGGACUGAACGAGGCAGAGUUCCACAAGCCAGAUUAUGGAGACACAAUUGUGUCUUUUCUAAGCAAGAUGAUAGGAAAGUUCCCCCAUUGGCUGAAACUCAUUGUGACUGUGAGGACAACCCUGCAGGAUAUUACCAAGUUGCUUCCCUUCCACUGUAUAUUCUUGGACCGAUUGGAAGAAAAUGAGGCCAUAGAUCAGGAUUUACAGGCCUACAUUCUGCAGCGUAUUCACAGCAGUUCAGAAAUCCAGAACAACAUCUCCCUCAAUGGAAAGAUGGACAACACAACAUUUGGAAAGCUCAGUUCCCACCUAAAGACAUUGAGCCAGGGCUCUUAUUUGUACCUGAAGCUUACAUUUGACCUUAUAGAGAAGGGCUACCUAGUACUCAAGAGCUCCAGCUACAAGGUGGUUCCUGUGUCUCUGUCCGAGGUCUAUCUCUUACAGUGUAACAUGAGGUUCCCAACCCAGUCCUCUUUUGAAAGGGCUCUCCCUCUUCUUAAUGUUGCUGUAGCUUCCCUCCAUCCCUUGACUGAUGAGCACAUCUUCCAGGCCAUUAACGCAGGCAGUGUGGAUGGAGGUCUGGAGUGGGAGGAUUUUCAACAACGAAUGGAGAACCUUUCUAUGUUCCUCAUCAAAAGAAGGGAUCUGACUCGAAUGUUUGUCCAUCCUUCAUUCAGGGAAUGGCUAAUUUGGAGAGAAGAUGGAGAGAAAACCAAGUUUCUGUGUGACCCAAGGAGUGGACAUAUCCUGCUGGCUUUCUGGUUCUCUCGUCAGGAAGGGAAGCUGAACAGGCAGCAGACCAUAGAGCUUGGGCACCACAUACUGAAAGCACAUAUCUUCAAGGGUCUCAGCAAGAAAGUCGGCGUUUCCUCAUCCAUCUUGCAAGCUCUUUGGAUAUCAUACAGCACAGAUGGCCUCUCCAUGGCCCUGGCAUCUCUCAGAAAUCUCUACACUCCUAACAUCAAGGUGAGCCGUCUCCUGAUCACGGGCGGAGCUAAUGUUAAUUACCGCACAGAGGUGCUGAACAAUGCCCCCAUCCUGUGUGUUCAGGCCCAUCUGGGAUACACAGAAAUGGUGGCUCUGCUGCUGGAGUUCUCUGUUAAUGUGGAUGCCAGUUCUGAGAGCGGAAUGACCCCUCUAGCGUAUGCUGCUGCUUCAGGUCACCUGACUAUUGCCAUGCUUUUGUGUAAGAGGAAGGCUAAGGUGGAUCUCUUGGAUAAGAACGGGCAAUGUGCCCUUGUCCACGCUGCUCUCCGGGGCCACCUGGAGGUAGUGAAAUACCUCAUCCAGUGUGACUGGACUGUGGCUGGACAGCAGUCGGGAAUCCUAAAGAAGAGCCAGGCCAUCCAGCAAGCAUUGAUUGCAGCCGCCAGCAUGGGAUACUCGGAGAUUGUCUCUUACCUCCUGGACUUACCAGAAAAGGAUGAAGAAGAGGAAGAGAGAGCUCAGAUCAACAGCUUUGAUAGUCUGUGGGGGGAGACGGCUCUUACAGCUGCUGCAGGCCGUGGAAAGCUGGAGGUUUGCCGCCUAUUGUUAGAACAAGGGGCUGCCGUAUCCCAACCUAACCGGAGAGGUGUUGUUCCAAUAUUUAGUGCCGUUCGACAGGGACAUUGGCAGAUUGUUGAUUUGCUGCUUACACAUGGUGCAGAUGUUAGCAUGGCAGACAAGCAGGGACGUACUCCAUUAAUGACCGCUGCUUCAGAAGGACAUGUAGCCACUGUGGAUUUUCUGCUGGCACAAGGAGCUUCCAUAGGCCUCAUGGAUAAGGAGGGUUUGACAGCUUUAAGCUGGGCCUGUCUGAAGGGACACCUUCCUGUGGUGAGAUCACUGGUGGAAAACGGAGCAGCCACUGACCAUGCUGAUAAGAACGGACGUACGCCCCUGGAUCUCGCAGCCUUCUAUGGGGAUGCUGAUGUGGUCCAGUUUCUGGUGGACCAUGGUGCAAUGAUCGAACACGUGGAUUAUAGUGGAAUGCGCCCCCUGGACAGAGCUGUAGGUUGCAGGAACACUUCAGUUGUUGUGGCUCUUCUAAAGAAAGGAGCCAAGAUAGGCUGUCAGACCUUACCAAGCCGACCCAAAGGUCCAGCCACCUGGGCCAUGGCAACGUCCAAGCCAGACAUCAUGAUCAUUCUGCUGAGUAAACUGAUGGAAGAGGGAGACAUGUUCUACAAGAAAGGGAAAGUAAAAGAAGCUGCACAGAGAUACCAAUACGCCAUGAAGAAAUUUCCUCGUGAGGGAUUUGGAGAGGAUCUGAAGACUUUUCGAGAACUCAAGGUGUCACUUCUCCUCAAUUUGUCCCGCUGCCGACGGAAGAUGAAUGACUUUGGAAUGGCAGAGGAGUUUGCCACUAAGGCUUUGGAGUUGAAACCAAAAUCGUAUGAGGCAUUUUAUGCCCGAGCUAGAGCCAAGCGGAGCAGUAGACAAUUUACAGCAGCUUUGGAAGAUCUCAAUGAGGCUAUUCAGCUUUGCCCCACCAACCGUGAGAUCCAGCGGCUCCUAGUGAGGGUGGAGGAAGAAUGCAGGCAGAUGCAGCAAGAGGAGGAGGUUCAGGAGAUGCAAGAUGAACCAGAACCUGAAAUUCCAAAUGAGGAUGUUGACUCCACACAGGAAGACCUGUAUGAAGAAGAAUAUCUGGAACAAGACAUGGAUGCUGUUGGAUUACAGUCUGAAGGAAGGCAGUGUCAGGGCCUUCCAGGAUUGCAGAGCCCACCCCAGUCUCCUGCACAUCGGGACUCUGCCUAUAUGUCUGGAUCACACCAAGUAUUUGACUACAGAUCAAACAGCUCAGUGGGCUCACCUACACGACAAGGUUAUCAGUCUACUUCCCCGUCCCUGUCUCCAACACAUCAGAACUCACACUAUCGGCCCAGUCCUCCACAGACAUCACCUGCACACCAGAGCUCUUCCUAUCGCUUUAGUCCACCUACGGUGGGUGGUCAGGUAAUAGACUAUCCAAGCCCUCCUCCUUCACCAUUACGAAGAGCACCGCAAUACAGAGCUAGUCCGCCAAGUGAAAGUAUUAGCAUGUAUAGGCAACAGUCUGGUUCUCCAGUGAGAUAUCAGCAAGAACCAUGUGUAAGCCAGCAUCCAGGAAGACCCAAGUCUCCUUUGUCCAAGAUAUCACAGCGAUCUUUCCAAAUGUCACAGCUUCCCACAGCCGUUCCACAACCUGCACACAGAUUACAGCCAGCCAAGGCACAAAUUGUACGCAGCAACCAGCCCAGUUCUUCUGUGCACUCCAGUGCUGUGAUUCCUGGGGGAACAUAUGGACAGAUGGCACACGGUAUGGCAAGUAAAUACCAAACAUCUUCUGGAGAAAUAAGUCAAAGCCGUCUAGUAUACCAAGCUUCCCUUGGUGGUCUCAUAGCCGAUGGACGCCCUGUGCAGCAUGUGCAAGCCAGUUUAAGUGCAGGGGCCAUUUGUCAGCAUGGUGGCAUUGCUAAGGAAGACAUCCCCCAAAGGCCAACAUCAGCCUAUAGGGGUGGUAUGAGGUAUAACCAGACCCCACAGAUUGGGCGCAGCCAGUCUGCAUCAUAUUAUCCUGUAUGUCACGCCAAGCUUGAUCUUGAACGAUCUUCUCUACCUUCCAGCCAACUAGGUUCUCCAGAUGUUUCCCACCUAAUAAGACGGCCAGUGAGCAUUAACCCUAAUGAAAUAAAGCCUCACCCGCCCACUCCAAGGCCCCUGUUGCACUCGCAGAGCGUGGGACUUCGCUUUUCCCCAUCCAGCAACAGUAUUUCAUCCUCUUCCAGCCUGUCUGCUACAUUUAGACCGUCUGCUUCUAUACAACAAAUGGAGAUUCCUCUCAAACCAGCUUAUGAGAGACUUUGUGAUGAACUGUCUCCCGUGUCCCCACCCCAGGGAAGCUAUCCCGGUGAAUCCACACGCUCUAGGACCACCCCCUUCAUGGGGAUAAUUGACAAGACUGCACGGACUCAGCAGUAUCCCCAUCCCCACCCCCACCCCCAUCCCCAUCAUCAUCAGCAAAGCCGAACAUGGGCUGUUUCUUCUGUUGACACUGUCCUCAGUCCCACAUCUCCCGGCAUCUUGCCCCAGACAGAAUCUUUCAGCCCCCCCUCUUCUAUCAGCAACAUCGCCUUUUAUAACAAAACCAACAAUGCACAGAAUGGACAUCUCCUUGAAGACGACUACUAUGGCCCGCACGGUGUGCUGGCCAAUGGCUCUCGAGGGGAUAUAUUGGAGAGAGUCACUCAGGCCUCCUCCUACCCAGAUGUCAAAGUGGCCAGAACAUUGCCUGUUGCACAGGCUUACCAGGACAACCUGUACAGACAGCUGUCUCGGGACUCUCGGCAGGGCCAGACUUCGCCCAUCAAACCAAAGAGACCAUUUGUGGAGUCCAAUGUGUAGGACAACAGACUUGCCCCUAGCUUUUUCCCUUCUUUCUCGGUAUUAACCUUCUCCUCACUCUUUGCGUAUUCCUCAAACUGGAGGCUGAGUAACUUCUAAAGGUAUAAGUUCCGUCCCAGACCCUCAGCCAUUGACCCUCCACUUUAGUGUUCUUAGUUGACUGGGCAGAGCUGGCAGUUUAGUGUGAUAGGGUGUUCUUAAAAAAAAAAAACACUCUCGACUUGAUUGGGUCAUGGAACCCAAUGGGCACCUUCUUUUCAAUUGCCCAGUAUACAGUUGGUAUUUUUUUUUUCAAUUGACUGAAAUUAAAUUAUUUGCACUUAAAUCACUAAAAUGAAGUCAGCCCCUGGUCUCAGAAUAUUUCUGCCAUCCUGUGGAUUUUAUUGGAGGCAAGCCUAUGUUUCCUCCUGUAUAGCAUAGCUUCUGCUGGCAGUGUAUUUUACAGCCCUGAGUAACUAAACUGACCCUACAUGUGGGAGUACAGCAGCUGGAACAUAGAAAAAUCUAAGGCCACUUACAGCACAAUAGGCAUCAGGGAAUCUGAUAAAAUAAGGGCUCUAUUCAUUGUCAUUAUUACAUUAAUAGCCAUGUAACACUAUAUGUAACAUACACUGGGGAUGUUAGGCUUUUACUGAGGCUUUUUACAGGGUCUGGCUCUUGGGAUCACAAAACCUCAGUCCUUUUCUAACUAGAGGAAGCAAGAGAAAUGGAUGUAAAGUAAGUUGUUAUAGGUAGAUGUACAGUAUGCUUUUACAAGGACUGUAUCAUAAAUACACUACUCUCACCUGUCCUGCUAGAAACCUCUGAGGGCUAUUUUUUGACUACUGAUGCCCAUCCAAUAGUCAUUACUGAGAAGGUUUUUUAUUCAGGCAUUAUAUAGUAUUUAGAAUUUUUACUCUUGCGGGCCUAUUCAGUAAGACUGUCUAAUCUGCGGUGAAGAUGUUGGGCAACAGAUCAGAAUUCAGCUUUCACUAAUCUCCAUUUGUGGGUUGCUGAGAAUUGUUGCACUAUAUACAUUUUUAUUGCUUUUUUUAACUUGAGUUAAACUUAACCACUUGACUCCCCCGGGCAUUUUCUUCCUAAACUUCAAGUCCCAGAGUGUUUUGGUUAUAUCUCAGUUCCGCACAUUAUACCUUUUAGUGUUUGUAGUCUACCCUAAUUUAUGUCAUGUUUUUCAGGACAGAUUGGGAUUUAAUUUGGUAAUAGAUUUGCAUACAUUUUUUAAAUAUUUUUGGGGAAUAUAUGGUAAAAAAAAUCUUCCCAAGAACAAAAUUCAUUCAAUUUGUGCGCCCCAAAAUAUAAAUCAACAAAGUUUAUUCACUAGUGCAAAACAUUUUUACACUGUAGGAGAGCAUUAUUCCCCUUGCAAUGUUCCAUUGUGACACACGCAGGGAAAAGUUAAUGUAGCAUAAAUUGUCAACAUAACUUUUCGAUAAAUUCAGGUGGACGGGGGCACAAAUGAGCACAGCGAUAUUUUUUUACACGUUUUCAGUCGCUCAAAAUUCAGAUGACGUUAAACAAGCAUUUGCCACUUGUGCAGUAAAACGCAAAUGUCAUCCAUUUUAACCAAGGAAUUAUUCUGGGGGGGAACUUUUUUAAUACAUUUUUAGGAUAAUUUAUGUGUGUGUAUAUAUACACACACCUCUAUAUUGAUUUUUGUACACUUGAUUUAUUUAUUUGCAUGGGGGUCUGGAGAUGAAAUCUGGACCCCCUUUACAGCUCCGCAGCAAAUGGAUCAACUGGAGAUCUGCUGACUUGCAUUCAGCCAGUAAUAGAUCACUAUAUCAGUGAUCCACUGUUGUAGAGAGUGGCUGGAUAGAGCUGCAGCAGCUUUACCUGAGCCUCUGAGGCUCAGGAGCGCUGGGGAAGUUUGGCUGGAUGAGAUGCACACUACAACUUUGGGAUAGCUCCAUUGACUCCACUCCCAAGGAGCAAAAGCUAAGACUGAUGAAAGGGGAAUUCCCUUGGCAUUUCAGUCUUCCAGGAGUAUGGACUAUCAUCGGCCAUAUUUCCCCCUUGGGUGCGGAGUCAACGGAGCUAAGCUGCAGCAUUUGUCCCAUCCAGUCCAACCGACUUCUGCAGCACUCUUGAGCCUCAGAACGGACCUGUGGUCACAUCAUCUGCCAGUAUACCACAUUACAUGUGCUCCCCAUCAUGUUUGUGAGUGCAUCCAUAUAUUUUUUUAGUUGAUAAAUAGUUACACAUACUGCACUAUGAUCUCCUUGCGCUGGAUUUCUCGCUUUUUGUUUGUCUACACGAUCUCAGAGCUUCCCUCUCUGGUCGACCAGCAGCAUUGGAUCUUUGCACCUUACAAUAGAUGCCAGUUUCAUAGGUUUACUUUGUGACCAAUAAGUUAAUUAGCAGGGCUUCCCCUACAGUGCAUUUUUGUCAGUUUAUUUCAUGUGCAUUAGGAAGCACUAUUGCAGGUCUUAUUGAUUAUAUGAAUAGAGGUAUUUAACUGGAACUAGGGUUGAGCGCCUGUUUUUAUCUUGUCCUUUUUACAAUUCUCUGCACUUCUAUUGAGCUAAUUAUUUUACCUCCUGGGCUUAGCACUCGGACCUGGAUGUGGGUGACGGCACAGGAAGGCCCACAGGAGCCUCUGCGUUGGGUGCCAUUUUAAAGCUAUCUAUGGAUUGGCUAAUGCAGUCUGAAUGACUUAUCCACUGAUGGUGAAUUCGCCAUCUCUUAAUGAUUUGUUUAGCAUCAAGUUAAAUCUCCAUUUCUCUUGCUACUAGGAGGGUUUUGUGAACCACAAGCCAGCAUAAGAGCAGCAGUGUGCUUCUAGGACAGGUGAGAGGGAAUUUGACUUGCAGUGGGGCAAGAAACCAUUCAUUUCAUCAUUUGCAAGUGGAUGAGUUUAAAUCAGCCCAGACCUGAUGCAUAAAUAAAAACUGGAGGGAUGACCAAGACAUACGUGAUCACACCUAUUCAUAAAGCAGAAAUCUACCAGUAGCUACAAUAUGGUUUUCUGCUAUCAAACAGCAAUGUUCUCAGGUGUACAUAUCUUGUGACCUGUCCACAUCCAUCAGAUUGUCCUAAAUGUUCCAGACUGUUGGUAGUCCUAGAACAGACCAGAAGGGCUCGUGUUGUAAAGGGGCAGAUUCACUAAAUGGCCAGUUUGAAAUACAUUACAAUGACAGUCUCCACGUCAAUGCAACGAAUACACCCACCAUUCUUGUUGAAUGCUUCUAGUGUCAGUGAUAUGUGCAAUAAUGAAGGAAAAAAAAAAACCCUUACAGUUUCCAUUCUCAUGGAAACAGACUUAAGGAUAAGUUGUUGGAGCAUGUUGUUCUAAGUAAAUACAACUUAAUAUUUUAGUUAUCUGCUAUUUAAUUACAAUAUUUUAUAUAAAUGAAAAAAUACCAGGAUGCACCAAAACCUUGUUUGGGACCAGAUGAUUGCUGUAUAUUGUGAUAAAGAGAACAUUCCAGUAAUGGAAAAAGACACUUCCCUGUGACUUGAAGUGUUUAAUGAAGGCACUUUGCUUCCAUGCAAACACAUUUUCUCAGCAGGGUAACACUCUAAACCGCACUUCUGAAUACACAGUAAGAAUAUGGGGCUGCAGUACAAUUAAAGGAUCAGCAGUUAUCUUGUUUCGUAGCAAAACACCCGAUUGUUUACACAGACUAGGGCCCCCCUCUAUAUAUAUAUAUAUAUAUAUAUAUAUAUAUAUAUAUAUAUGAUAAGCACCUACGCCAUGCUAAAGACAGAAUGGGGGGACAGGGUUACACCCUGCCUACACCACUUAUUCUGCUUUACUUGGGCGCUUGUUGCUUUUGAAUGGACAUGGAGCUGGGAGUCUGUAUAAACACAAUGCAAAAUUUGGAGAAUAACCCAUUCUGAGUUUUAUUUCAAAUUAAAAGAAUACACAUUUAAUACCACGUUUAACAGAACCGGAAACAGCCCAUGAUUGUAAGCAAAGUGCAUUGCCUCAAAUUAUAGCCAGUAGAGGGCGCUGCAGUGAUGACAAAUAUCUGUCCCUAAAGUAACUGUUCCUGAAAUCUAAUGGUAACAGACUUUGGAAAAGCUCCCAAGCUGGUUUUGGUGCAUUCCAUUGUUGGAAGUGUUUAAGCUAAAUCUAUGGAGACUGUACAUGUUGUUAUUUUACUUCUAUUACAAAGUGAUAGCCAUUGUGUAUAUUUCAGAGACGGUGCUGUUUGUGGAUAGAGAACAGAUGCAAGUUUUAGGCCUACAAAAUGUCAUUAGUUCAAUUUAACAAAGUCCUCAGAGUAUCACAGUUCAGGGAUUUUUGUGGUCGUGGCAGGGUUCUUUUCUAUUUCCCUAGACAGCAUAUAAAAAAAAAAGCAGACUUUCACUGGCCUCCUGCUUGACACCCCCCCAUGCUGUGAUUAGGCACAACCCAUCUGAGCUGGGAGGAGAGUGAGUUGCCUUUGCUAUGUAAAAAUAGACUAUUAACUAUCACUGCUCAAGAACCCCAAAUGCAAUGUUGGAAAGGUUAUUUUUAUUUUUUUUUAUUUUUUUUGGGCGAUACUUCCCUUGCUUUUCCUGUCAGCCCCCCCCCCCCCCCCUCGCCUUCUCCUCCAUGCUGCGGCUGUAUUGCACACAUCAGAAAGACUGAAGGAACCUUGUGAAGGGUGAGCGGGGCCUUCGCCACCCCACGUCAGAAGGACUCUCUUCUCUGUACAGUGUAUUUAUUCAAUGCAUGGUCCGUUCUCUUUAAAAAGAAAAAUAUACAGAACACAACCAUUGUUUAAUAUAUAUAUGUAUAUAAAAUACAUAUAUUGUGCAGUGCUCAGGUCAUGGGGUUGUUUAAUUUUUAGUUUUUUAUUACUAAGUCACCCCUUUCCUCUCCCUGCCUCCUCCCGGAGACGAGGAAGAGUCUGCAGAUUUGAGCAUUGAACUUGUAAAUAAGAAAACAAAAAAAAAAUCAUGUUUUAUUUGUUUUGUUUCUGUUUUUAUUUCUGUUUAUGAUCCCUCCUUUGCUUCCAGGACCUCCUGCAGUGCAGCGCGAUGUGUUUGGUCUCUGAAGGCAGAGGAGGUGGGAGGUUGCACUCUAGGUGCCGGGUAUUCUAAUACCCUCUACGGCCUCCCCUCACCACUCCUGGGUUUUUUCUUUUUCUCAGUUACACUGUAUUUGCUUGCUCUGUUUUUUCUUGUCUGUACAUGUGAGAUGUGAGAUAGAUGUGAAAAGUCUUUCCUCCCUUCCCCUAAAGUCACCUUCUCUAUACAGACUUUAACUGUAAAUUCAACAAGAAAAACUGUAUGAGACAAAAGAGAAAAAAUGUACUUAUUUAUAAAUGGUUAAUAACACUUGGAAUCAAAACAGCCAUCUGUGUGUCUGAUGCCGUGUCUUGUGGAGAAUGGGGAUGAUGAUGAUGUUAAAGAUUCUUAAUGUAUGAACAUAGUAGCUGUAUGAUAUGCUUGGGAUCUUCGAUGGAGCUGUGACUGUGUUUCUAUACGGUGCCUGUGAGAUGUUUUUAGAACAGAUGUGAGCAGAGGACUUGUUCUUUGGGUCACGGUCAAUGGACAAAGCUAUGCAAAGUAUGGUGUUUAUAUAUUAAAGGGUCAUUAAACCUAAAACACAA